AUGGGGAAGCCCUCGCUCGUUUUCCUGACAUCUGCCUCAAAUUUGAGCGAUGCCGGUAUCAGUUAUUCAAUUGACUUUAUGAAAGUGCUCUCUGUUGAGUACUCAGCCUUGAACGGCAUCUGCACAGUUGAUAGUUAUGAGGAACUUGAAGGAGCUAACCCCCCAACGGCCGAGCUCAACGCAUCCACACGAUACGAAGAACCUGUUCGCAUCAUAGAACUUAGCAAUAUGAGAACGAUUCAUAUUGUUCUAUCCCCGCCUCUCGUGAAUGUUCCCGAUUUACAAACUAAAAGAUCAUCACAUCUUCAUAAGCUAUACGUUGAGAUGAGGGCUCGAAGAGUUGGAGCUAGUGGCUUUCUAGUGCUUGUAAAUCCACUCAAGACCAACACGAGUUUGAUCGCUAUUGACUUGGGGACAGCUCGACUGGGGGUGAAGGAGCUCUUGCAUUGCCAGAGGUACCCAAAACCGGCACAACUUUGGCCAAACCUCGAUAUCCUCAAUGUCCUCGAUAUCCGUAAUACCCCCGAUAACAUAAAGGCUAAUCAAAAUGCGAAGACCCUGCAUUCAUCUUGA